AGGGCAUCAUCGAGCGCAGGGACGACGGCGACUACCGGCUCUGCAGCGGCGCCGGCGGCGCCAGCGCCGACCGCGAGCCGCCGGCCGCCGGCAGCGUCGAGUGCCAGCCCGACGAGCGGGACGGCGCCAGGCCGCGGGACCCGAACGACCGCACGAUAAUAGCCGCGAGCACGAUGGUGGACAAGAUGGACGUCGACGAAUAGCAACAACAACGGCCCGGCCGUAGACGCGCGCGAUGUCUGCUUGUCGGUGCUUUUUUUUUCUUUUUGGGAGGGGAGGGGCUUUUCUUUCUCGAGCCAGAGCAUUUACGGGACCCGGACCAUCUCACGAAACAGCAUCAUCCAUCAUUUUUUUUCUUUCCUCAUCAUCGGACAGCGAGGCUAUCGCGCAUAUACGGCAUUUCUCUUUUCUAAGACCGAGCGGCUACAGCGCGUUUUACGAAUCGUAUCUUCUUUUUUUGGUUGUUUUGGAUUGGGGGACGACGAGGAGGAGCAGAGGCGAAGGUUUCGUCUUCCUCCCCUCCGCCCUCCCUCUCUCUCUCUCUUCGGAACCGUGUCUCUUCGUCCGGGACAAAAACCCCCCUGGCUAGCCAGACGAUGCGGCGUACGAUUCCCACGGUCUCCCGCGCGCAACAUGUUGUCCUACUCCUACGAGGUUUCGACUUGCUCCUUAUUCGGAAAGCGUACGUGCGGAAGGGGAAUGUGGGGGAAUAGGAAAAAAAUAGCCAAACCCCGAAACGAAGACAAAAGACGAAGAAGAAUCCCGAGUCUGGCUAAGGACCGAUUUGUACGACUAUUUAUACCUGCCCGACCCGACCCGACCCCUCCCGUCCGGAGUAUCGUCGUUAAUCGUCUCCGGCCCGGCAUUCGUCAGCUGUGUGUGUGGGGGGGGGGGGGG